AAAUUGUGGGCUUUAUUCAUUUAUAGUGUUCAUUCGAUGAUGACAGAUUCUAUUACCAGAAAUUGAUCAAAGAGAGAGAGAAAAACGCUGCUCUCUUGAUUUUUUUUUUCUGGGUUUUUUUUUAUAAUUUAUUCCGGUGAAUGAUCGUCGCUUAUGGAAGAUUGAAGCUAAUUUCUAAUCUAAAGAGAGAGAGAUGGGAGGUUGCGUGUCGACGCCAAAGAGCUGUGUUGGAGCAAAACUGAGGUCAAGUAAACGAAGGAAGAGUCGUAGACGACGAAAAAUUCAAAGGAAGAGAGCCGUCUCUUCUCGUCUCUCUGACGGAUCUUUCGACAAUCUCGAUCAUCAUCCUCAUCGUAACUUCUCCAAUCCCAGUUCUCGAGCAACUGGCGACGACGCAUGGUUUGAGUCCAAUGUCGCAUUUGAAACAGACUGUGAUGAUGAUUUCCACAGUGUCAAUGAAGAUACAUUGUCUUUAAACGGAUCUGAGCGUGUAUCACUCUCGAGUACAACAACCACAUCAUCAACUCGAGACACUGACUCAAAUGAAGUGAUGUCACAAUCGAAAUCAGACGGUGACUUAAACGACACAAAGCAGCCUGAUUUAGUUGAUUCGUCUGCAGAUGAAGGACUCUUGGAAAACUGCAGGAUCUUACCGAGUAAUUGUUUGCCUUGUCUGAAUACAACAACUGUUCCUUCUAUUGACAAGAGAAGGUCUCUUAGCUCUAGCCCUCCCAGUUCGAGGAAAAAAACGUCUCUUAAACUUUCUUAUAAAUGGAGAGAAGGUCAUGCUUCAGGAGCAUUGUUUUUGUCUAAAAUGCAGUUGAAGAGACCGAUAGCGGGUUCUCAGGUUCCUUUCUGUCCAAUUGAUAAGAAAAUGCUCGACUGUUGGUCAACCAUUGAUCCCAAUAGUUUUCGGGUUCGUGGCAAAACAUAUUUCAGAGAAAAGAAGAAAGAGUUUGCACCUAGCCAUGCUGCGUAUAAUCCUUUUGGUGUCGAUGUUUUCUUAUCGGAACACAAAAUAAACCAUGUUGCACAAUAUGUCAAACUUCCCGUUACUACCACAUCCACAAAACUCCCAUCUAUCCUUGUUGUAAAUGUUCAGAUUCCGUUGUAUCCAACUGCAAUAUUUCAAGGUGACUCUGAUGGAGAAGGAAUGAAUAUUGUAUUAUACUUCAAACUCUCGGAUAAUUAUUCAAAGGAACUUCCGCUCCAUUUUCAAGAAAGCAUUCGGAGAUUAAUAGAUGAUGAGGUUGAGAAAGUUAAAGGCUUCCCUAUGGAUACAACUGCACCUUUUAGAGAGCGGCUCAAGAUAUUGGGACGUGUUGCAAACGUAGAUGAUCUCCAUUUGAGUGGUCCGGAGAAAAAACUGAUGCAGGCUUAUAACGAGAAACCUGUUCUUUCACGUCCGCAGCACGAAUUCUACUUGGGCGACAAUUACUUUGAGAUUGAUAUCGAUAUGCAUAGAUUCGGUUAUAUAUCCCGGAAAGGGUUUGAAACAUUCAUAGACAGACUGAAGAUCUGUGUUCUUGAUGUUGGCCUCACAAUUCAGGGGAACAAACCAGAGGAGCUACCUGAGCAGAUUCUGUGUUGCGUCAGGCUAAAUGGGAUUGAUUUCAUGAACUAUCAUCAAUUAACUCAAGAACUCCUAUGACUAACAACAUUAUUUUCUCCUCUGUUUUUCCUUCUAAAAGGAAACACAAAAUCUAAAAGAGCAUCCCUUUAGAACCCCAAGAACACAAACAAUAGGGUGAUGAUUUUCAAGUGAAUAUAUGAAAAUAUCGAAU